AUGGUACGUCUUAAAACUCGUUAUCUACUGGUGGAGAUAACGGCUGCCCGCAAGCUGGCAAUAAAAAAAGAAGAUAUUACGUCGUCGAUCCGCGAGUCAAUCGCGAAAAGCUACGGGGACUUUGGCUCAGGUCUAUCACAGUACACAUUUCAAGUGCUAUACUAUAACACGCAAACUAGACUCGCAGUCAUUCGAUGCGCACGAGAUGUGUGCAAGAUGGUGGAAACGUCACUGGUAUUCGUGACGGAUAUCCAAAAUCAAGAUAUCAGCAUUCGGGUUGCUCGCGUAUGCGGCUCGAGUCGUAUAUGCAGGAAGCAUUUGCUAACAUUUUCUUUAGAACGCGCUCAAGCUUUAAAUUUGUAUGUUUCACAGCCCCAAUUUGACCAGGAAUUGCAGGCAGAAAUCGCAUUGGUGGAUCCACAAUAG